AUGAAUUAUUUUUCUGUUUUUAAAAGAACCUUAACGCAAUCACAAAGACUGUCAGUUGGAAAGUUUACUAAAUUUGUUCUCAAUGCAACACCUGAACCACAUGCAGUCAAACCAUUAGUUAGACCAGUUGGUUUAACCACUCCACCUACUUCUGAUACAAAGUAUUCAGCAGGAAAUUCAUUUAAAGAUUUAUUUGAUAAAGAAAAAACUGAUAAACGAUCCGGAGAACUUGGUAUUGAGUUUAACAAAACGUCAAUGCACCAUAUGUCCGUAUUUCGUAAGACUAAUGGUAGAUUGUUUGAACCACCAAAAUCCUACUGGAGAGCAGAUAAGGCACUAUAUUUUCCACAUUUAAAGGGAGAGCCUCUUAGUGGGAGAGGUAGUAAAGAAAUAAAUAUUGAAGAUAAGUUGAAAGACAAAAUCAGUAUAGUGAAUUUAUUUUCUAAUAAGACCGCAAAUGAAUUGGCUGACACUAGUUUGAAAAAUGAGCGUAGAAAUAUAGAUUAUCUAAACAAAGAUUUCGAAAGUUUACCAAAAGAUGUGCAGAUCGUUCAAAUAAAUUUGAUUGACUCCAAGGCUAAAAUGUUGAUAUUCAAAUUAUUUGCAAUGCGUUCACUUAGAAGCCUAAUUCCAUCUUUUCUUAAGGAUACUUAUUUUAUAUGUAAUAGAGAUCAACUGCCUUUUAUUCUUAGAGAAAAUUUACAUAUAAAUAAUCCAUAUACAGGAUAUUCAUUAUUGGUUGAUCAAAAUUUAAAGAUACGAUGGAUGGGUAGUGGAGCCUUAACUGUUGAGGAUUUUGAUGUAUUGUGGAAAGCGGUUAAAGGUGUCAAAAAAGAGGCCAAUAAGGGAAACGAAGGUAGUAGUACAUGGUAA